GACCCAACUUCUCAUUUGGUGUCAUGCUAAAAAUAUUCAUUCUUGCUAUGUUGGGUAUAACAAUUCAGCAAAAUGUAUACUACGUUGGACUCCAUCUCAUUUCUCCAACUGUUGCCAGUGCCUUGGGCAAUGUCAUUCCUGCUUUUACUUUCUUAUUGGCAAUUGUACUGAGGAUGGAAAAGCUCAACUUGAAGACUGUAAGAGGGAGGGCCAAGCUUGCAGGGGCCAUCUUCUGCAUCACUGGUUCCCUGAUCUUCACAUUUUGGAAAGGUCAUUUUGUUGGGGGCCUUUGUUACUUCACCUAUGAUCCAACUUCAUUUCGAAAGUCCUGAGAAAGGGGAUGCCUGGCUUAAAGGCUCUGCUCUUAUGCUAUUCGGCUAUUUUGCAUGCAGUGUAUCACUUGUUCUUCAGGUAUUGCGUCAAUGG